UUGUGAUCAUACCACUCGCGCAAAGUGGCUUAUCUUUCACCAUGGAAAGUCACAUGCGUUAUUUAACGCAGUGAAGAAAGGUCCAUAUGAUCAACUUAAAACUUUGUUUUCUUUAAAUAUUCUUCCAUCACGGUAUUUUGUCCAGCGUCUAAUAUUAGUAUUCGGACAGGUAGACUGUGAUCUUGUCAACAUGAAGAUACAAAAUGAAAUAUUAGAUUAUGACAUUUCUCUAAUUAGAAAAACUAAAAGUUCCUGGGCUGCAGAUAUAGAUCUUAAUGUUUUUUAUUGCAUUCUAACAAAAGUUCAGGAACUCUACG